UACGAGGGGAGGGUAUGGUUUCUCAUCUCCAACAAAGACCCUUUGAUUAAUUAUUCAGAGGAAAGCCUUUAACCCUUUCUUCCUUGUUCGAUUUCAGAUCGUCUCCUCCAAAUCUCAACACUAUUAAACAAACCCUCCUCCCGAAAAUCACCAACCCACCUCGUUUCUCCGUCUUCUUCUUCUUCUGCAUCACCCUAUCUCGCUCGAUUGCGACCAUUUCCCGUUCAAAUUCCUCCAUCUGAUUCGGAUUUGAAAAUUGAAGUGUCUUUAUCGGCGAAGAGACAAAGGUGGACGUAAAUCUGGAAGCUUUGUCGUGUUUUUUUCGUGUACAUGCAGAGUUUUGGGGGAAAGUUACGUGAGAUUGAUUAAAAGAGAGAGAGAGAGGAAUGGAAGGAGAGAUGGUAGGUAAAGUGAAGAGGGAGAAGGUUGUAGCAUGCAUGACUUGUCCUCUCUGCGAUAACCUCCUCCGUGACGCCACCACUAUCUCCGAGUGCCUUCACACCUUUUGUAGAAAAUGCAUAUAUGAGAAAAUCACAGAGGAUGAGAUAGAGUGCUGUCCCGUAUGUGACAUUGAUCUCGGGGGAACCCCGCUGGAGAAACUAAGGCCCGACCACAUUUUGCAAGACUUGAGAGCUAAAAUAUUUUCUCUAAAACGAAAAAGAGAGAAGGCUCCUGAACUUGUGUCCUCAAUCACAUUACCUGCAAGGAGGAAGGAGAGGUCUAUCUCGUCUUUGGUGGUAAACACACCUAGGGUUUCAGCACAAACUGGUACAACAGGAAAAAGAACAAAGUCUCUCAUGAGAAAAGAUGUACGUGGUAGUGGUUCAUUCACUAAGAGAACUGUGAAGAAGGAAGAAGAAGAUUCUGGAGAUUAUCAUACAGAGAGCGCAAGCUCGCCUGAAACACUUAAAAAUUUUACUCAGAAGAAAAGGCAGGUAAAGAAGUCUUCAUAUGCAGAGCCUAAUCAGUCUCUCUCUAAUCGAAGAAACAAGGAUGUUGCUGAACCUUGGGAUUCCAAAUUACAUCUUUGGAAGCCUUUAAAUUUUCUUGUGGAUGUGGCAAACGGCACAAAGUCUUCUAGCUCUCAAGGGUUGGAGUUGAACCCAAACUCUGAGCAUGGAAAUGCAUCUCACAAUGAUGUCCAGGGGAACAAAACCAAAGCAAAGGAUCAUAAACGAAAAUGUAAAUUUGAGGAAAGCGCUAAUGGUGAUCCUACAAAAACAGAAACUGCUGCGCUUAAAAGAACACGAAGGACUCGCCGGAAAAGGUCAUCCACUUUUGGUGAUUCAAGAACUCCACCAUUACCGGAUGCAGAAAGCCUGAAACAGGAGAGGAGGAAUGGUCCGGGAAGGAGAAACAUCACUGCCUCAGAUUCCAGCAAACUACUUGAGAAUAAGGUAGAGAUAAGAUGUAUGGGAGAACCGGUGAUACCAACGUUGCAGCUUCACAGCUUAGUGGAGCUGUGGUUGCAAACAACAACUUCUAAACAUGAAAGAGUCACUGCAUCGAUAGGUUCCUCUGCAAAGGAGUUUGUUAUGGUGCUAGUUUAUGCUCGGAAGCUCCCUGAAUGCAACAACUAA